GCGGCGCCCGGCGGGGCCAUGGCGGAGCCGCUGCGGCCGUUCCGCUUGCGCGGCUGCGGCAGUCCGCAGAAGUACGGCGUGGCGGCCGGCAGCCUGCGCGGGCUGCUGCGGAAGGGAUGCCGCCUGCUGCAGCUUCCCUUGCCAGGCAGCCGCCUCUGCCUCUACGAGGACGGCACGGAGCUGACCGAGAGCUACUUCCGCACCCUGCCGCCGCAGACGGAGCUGGUGCUGCUGGGACCCGGAGAGAGCUGGCGGGGCUGUGCCAGCGACAUCGAGCGGCUCCUGGCCGCCUUCUGCAGCCGCGGCGAGGCGGUGGUGGCGGCGGCGCGGAGGCUGCUGGCGGACGAGAGGGCACCCCGCAGGCAGAAGCUGCUGGCGGACCUCAUCCACAACCUGAGCGAGAACAUCCUGGCCGAGGGCAGGGAGGAGGACAAGAGCUGGUUUGAAGGUGUGGAGUCUCGCUUCAGGAGCAAGUCCAGCUACCUGCGCUACAGCUGCCAGAGCAGGAUCCGCAGCUACCUGAAGGAGGUGAGCAGCUUCCUGUGCCACGUCCCCCCCGCGGGAAGGGAGGCCUACCGGAGGGUGACCGAGCUGAUGGCAGAGAGGCUGAAGGCUGUCAAAUACCACGGGGGCUACUUCGACAGGAGCGAGGAGGAGGCUCGGCUCUGCACCGCCGAGGGGUGGUUCUCCUGCCAGGGCCCCUUCGACCGUCCUGCCUGCCCCAGCCGGCACUCCAUCAACCCCUACAGCAACAGGGAGAGCAGGAUCCUCUUCAGCACCUGGAACCUCGACCACAUCAUAGAGAAGAAACGUGCUGUUGUCCCCCAGCUGGCAGAGGCUGUCACAACACGAGGUGGAAGAGAAGUGAACUGGGAAUACUUCUAUCAGCUGCUGUUUACAGUGGAGAACCUGAAGCUUGUACACAUUGCUUGCCACAAGAAAACCAACCACAACCUCAGCUGUGACAAGAGCAGGGUCUACAGAGCCGAGCAGCCCAAGGCCAAGCAGUGCUAGAGCUGCUGCUGGCCAGCUCACAUCGCACUGUCCUCUCCCAACAGCUCCAGCAGGCUGAGGAGGCCCUGGCCAAGGCCUGGCCAGGCUGCAGCCCCCCAGCAGAUCCAUUCAGGUGGUGCUAACUCUGCUCCCCUGCUGCAGCUGUCCCUCAGCCACGCUGUGCUGCCAGAGCACAGGAAGGAGGCCAGAGGCUGGCACUGACUGCU